CCGCUCCGUUCCGUUCCGCUCCGCCCCGCCCCGGGGCCCGGAUGGAGCCGGCCACGCCGGCGCGCAAGCAGCCCCCGCCGCCGCGGCGGCCCUGCCAUGGCGCCGCCCGCAGCCCGGCUGGCGCGGCUCUCCCGCAGCGUCUCCUUCAGCGCCUGCCACCGGCUGCACAGUAAAUCACUGAGUGAUGAAGAAAACCUGAAGCUGUUUGGCAAAUGCAACAAUCCAAAUGGCCAUGGGCACAACUAUAAAGUUAUAGUCACUGUACGUGGAGAGAUUGACCCGGUCUCAGGAAUGGUUAUAAACCUGACAGACCUGAAACAAUAUAUGCAGGAGGCGAUCAUGGAACCGCUUGACCACAAAAACCUGGAUAAGGAUGUGCCGUACUUUGCUGAAGUUGUGAGCACCACAGAGAACGUUGCAGUAUUCAUCUGGGAAAACCUCAAGAAGCUCCUGCCCAUGGGAACUCUUUAUAAAGUCAAAGUGUAUGAAACGGACCAGAACAUUGUCGUUUAUAAAGGAGAAGAAACAAUCUCUGAGAAGUGAAAUGAGCUUAAGCUCAGUUAGUCAGAAACUCUGCUGCAUGAUCAGAUCAGUGGAUUGCUUCAACCCUGCCCACAGUAUUUCUUGCACCUAGACGUUGGUUACGUAUUACAUAAGGGUAAAUACAGAUGUUUCACAAGAAUUCUUGCAGCAAUCUAGCAAUUUGGGUUCUCAGAAUUUGUUGAUUUUGUCUGCUUUUUCUCAAGACAUUCCUGUUUUGCAAACCCCAACUACCAAGCUGAUGUGAAAUUUACAAUUGUGCCGUGAUAAGUAAAGCAGCCUUCUAGAGAGAAGAUGGCCUGGCAAAGUGUAUGUCCUGUCCAGUCACAAAAGGCUUUGAUUUUUCUUUAAUUAAACAUUGGAUUAAUUUAUGAUUUUUAAUAA